GUCGCUGAUCUAAACACACAGGUUGAUAAGAGCUUCCGUGGAUUUUUGUUGUUCCGGAUAAUCAGUACACGAGUGUGUGAAGAUAUGUUGGACGGAACGAUGUUGUUCGUUGUUGUUUUACAAAAAAAAAAGCCAGAAUCACCAUCCUCCCUUCCCGCGGAUCGUUGCAUGGGAUUAGGAGCAGCGCAUUGUAGCGCAUCAGAGCGUUCAAUGUCAUCAUCUUGGGAUCAGUUUGGAGAUUCGUUAGCGGAAGCGAUUACGAAAGCCGAUUCAGUGCGUGGCAAGCGUGAAUGCUUAAAAGCAUGGAAUGCUCUUUUAUCAUUUAUCGUGGACAGUAUGAAAGGUGGAUAUUUGGCGGAAAGCAAAAGACGCACGUCGAAAAAGAGCUCAAGGCAGGAAAUGAGUGCUACAUCGUCAGCGACAGCUGCCGCUAUCGCCAGCUCAACUAGCGAGCCCGACACAUAUCACUAA